CUCCUUUCCUUUAUUUAAACCAACAACACAACCAUUGAAGCUAAGUAAACCAACUCUUUCUAUUUUUUAAGUAACCACUUGCUACACUCCUUUUUCUUGCUACUAAUACUAUAGUUCUAAAUUAAGAAGAAAAACCAUAAAAGCUAGAACCAUCUUUAGAUUACUACUAGCUAUAAUGGAAAAUCAUUAUCUUCAACAAGAUUUCUCCAUCUCUAGUUGUUCUUCUUCUAUAACUUCCUCCUCAUUUGCAAGUUCUUCUAAUGGCUUAAAUUCUCCUUCAACCACCACUUCUUCUACUUCAUCAUCUUCUUUCCACGAGACCAUUAAUGCAAAAACCUCAUCAAAUGGCUAUACUUGCAAAUCCAAGAAAAGCUCAAAAAUAGUUCAAGAUUUCACCAAAAAUGGGAAUGGUCAUGGGAAUGAGAAGAACAAGAAAACAAGAAAGAAUCAAGGUGAUGAAAAGCAUCCAACUUUUAGAGGAGUUCGUAAGAGGAAUUGGGGUAAAUGGGUGUCCGAAAUUAGACAGCCUAGGAAAAAAUCAAGAAUAUGGCUAGGGACUUAUCCAACGGCUGAAAUGGCGGCUCGAGCUCAUGAUGUUGCGGCUUUAGCCAUUAAAGGUAACUCGGCUUAUCUUAAUUUCCCUCAUUUAGCCGAUCAACUCCCGCGACCAGCCUCCACUUCUCCGAAGGACAUCCAAGCAGCCGCCGCUAAAGCGGCUGGUAGCACGUUUCUCGAGGAAAAUCCUAUUAGAGAUGAAGCUGAGUCCAGCCAAAUCGAACUGCACAGUUCACAUUCAUCGACAAAUUUAGCCUCAGAGAACACUCAAGAAUUGCUAAAUUCUCCAUCGAUGGACAAUGAUGACACAUUUUUUGAUUUACCGGAUCUUACCAUCGAUCAAGUGGACCAAAAUGACCGUUAUCAGUACCCAAUCUCAACGUGGCAGCUGGCUGGAGCCGAUAGCGGAAUAUUUCGGCUCGAGGAGCCAUUUUUGUGGGAGUGCUAUUAAAAGAAAAAUAGAAUUGUACUCUUUAGUGUAUGUUUUUUUUUUUUUUUUUGGUACAUUGACAAAAUAUUCAUAUAUCGUGUGUGAAUUCUCAACGUCAUAAUUGGAAAGCCCAGAAAAUGUUCAUAUAACACAUAUUUUUGAGUUUGGUCUAUUUUCA